GGCGUUUUCGCCUUCCCACAGCAGCGUGAGUUCCCUGGGACGCUGGUGCGCCAAGCAGAUGGACAACGAUGAUGCAUUCAUCAUCCAUCUCCUCUCUCCGUGUGUCUGCUGUGUCUGUUGUUUGUUGCUUUGUUGUCAGCGGUGUUUGAGUCAGUGGCGCCGAGGAGCAGCUUCAUCUGCCACAGGUAUGUAACCGCACACGGAUGGAUGGAUGGAUGGAUGGCGUGAAUGGCUGCAGUGGGCGUAGCUUGCGAGAUGUUUCCGACGACUUAGAGCCGAUCAUCGCAUAGAAAUCAUGUCUGAGAGGGACACACAGGUGAGGCAGCUCAAAGGGGUGAUUGUGCCAUCGCCUGUUGCUGCCGGUUUCUCAGGGGCAGAGCCGUGGUUUGGCGGCCUCAGCUGGUGCUGCUGGUGGUAGUGCUGGUGCUGGUGGUGGUGGGGAGGAGGACGAGGACAGUGUAGCUGCGACCGAUGGAGAAACGGUGAGACCGACCAGAGGCAAUGAGUGACAGACAGACACACUCACCGCUCUGCCGCUGCCUGUGUGUUGUGCAGGUGCUCAUGUUGGUGACGCCCUUCCUGCCGCUCCACAUCCUCGUCCCUCUCCCCCUGCGGCGGCCCAACAGCGCCAAGCUGCUGUGGGAAGAGGCGGCAAUCAGCCACACACGGCUCUUCAUCGACUGCGCAGCCAAAGCUGACCACCAGUACUGGCAUUCGCCGACCGAGGGCCGCAGGUUUUGGCAGCGCAUCCCCCUUCCCUCCGUCGAGCGCGUAGCGGCACGGCUCACCGGCCUCACCGAGAUCACCCUCUGCCACCCCGAGUACCGCCGCGUGCGCAGCCCCACCCCUGAGAACCACCCCGUGUGGUGCAGCGACGUGUUGGUCUCUGUCAUUGAGACCACAGCCGCCCCGCGCGCCCGGCCCGAUGGACACGCAGACGCCAGUCGGCUGGAGACCAUCGCAUUCGAGAAGGUGCGGCUGAGUCGGGCGGAGCUUCUCGACCUGCGGCCGCAGCGUCCCCGUCUCCCUGAUCGCCUCGCCGAGCCCCCCACCCUCCCGUCGCUCAAGGUUGUUACAGGAGCCGUCGAAGAUCUUGAUGUCCUGGCCGACAGAGGGUGGAGGGUGCCGUCACUAGAGCGCGUGGAGCAGCAGGGCUGGGGGGCGGACCAGUUGAUCCACUUCAUCAGCUCGUCACGGUCGCUGCAGCACGUCGGCGGGAGUCUGUCGGAUGAUGGCUGGGCCAGUGUGUUUGAGGGCAUGCCCGAGGCCACUGCUGGGCAGAGGGGGCCACUUGCACGUCUGCAGAGUAUCGGCACCAUCGAGCUGCACGACAGUCCUGAGGCGGCCCGUGGAGCGAUCGCCAGACUGCAGGUACGUAAGCAGCAAUGGAUGCCGUUGGUGCAAUAUAGGUCAGUUUGGAUGCCAUCUUCCUGUGUAUAGGUGGCACUAGCGUCGCGUGGCUGCCGCCGGUCGCUCACUCAGCUGGUCGUGGAGGGCCUCAACGUCAUCAACAGCAGUGUCCUUCCCGUCAUGCAGUCCCUCGAGUCGCUACACAAGACGUGCUGCCGAGCCGACGCCCCAGUCGUCUUCGAGGCCCAAAAUGUCCCCACACGUGUCCCCAGACGUGUCGCCAGUGUCGACCUGUCGCUCUUCUACAGCGACGACCUUCCCGCCAACCCCUCGCCCCUCUUCAAGACGAUGAUGCAACAACUCGCACGGCAGACGAACAGGGUGAAGUACGUCAUCAGCGAGCAUGACCUCACCCACCCAGUCGACAGCCCCAGUAAGGCCGCCAUCGGCAUCGCCGAGAGCCUCACAUUUGACGGUGUGCGCUUCGUGGCGGUCGUUGAUGCCCCUGGCUUCGUCCCCCCUCCCGACACCCCAUUGCCCCAUCCCACCAUCAUAAACCACCUGCAGCAGUUCCCAAAUUCCGUGGGAUUGCUGGAGAUUCGCAGCCGGCUGGGCGGUGAAGCGGGUCGGCUGCUGGCCCAGAAGAUGCCCACUGAGUUGAGGAAUGUGGAGUUCGGGAGCGCUGUGAGCGCACAGGACCGACGGGUCGUGUUGGAGGGGCUGGGCAAGGGGAGGCAGGUGGGCACCGUCAGCGUCGGUGAAUGGGCGGAGGGGGUCAGUCUCACGGACGGCCCCUUCGACGGCUGGACGUCGGACAGCUUCCCCUCGAUUCACAGCGUAGAGAUACACCACUUGUGGGGUACGCACACACACGGAGGGUGGUUCAGCUUACGUGUGCAUCAUCGCCGUGUGUAUGUGGUGUUCCUCAGGGCUCGAUGAGCUGUAUCCCUCUGCUGCUGCUGAGACCAUCCGCGAGGGCAUCUCAUCCGUUGUCGGUGCCGUGCGAGGCCUGGAGAGUUUCUCAGUGCACGUGAAAUGCGUCCGGUUCGUUCGCGACUCCGUUCGCGUCGCCGUUCGCAAGCUGCUUCCCACCGGCACGAUCAUCGGCCCCGGUCAAGCCAAGAAGGAGAAGCUCCACUACCUUCAACCCACCAAGUCGUCGUUAGCGAAGGUGCAACAGGCCAAGAAGAAGGGCACGAUGAUCGGCCCCAGCUUCACCAUCGACACACGGGACCUCGGAUUGUGGAUUGAGGUGACUGCAAGGCGUCUCUCUUAGAGGGUGAGGCGGAGCACUGCAUCCGUCGCCCUCGCAAUACGAGUGCGUGUGUGUGUGUUCAGGCUGUGUGUCGAGUCGAGCCAGUCGUGACACAAAAGCACCGUGCCGUAGCACUCACAUCCUAUCCGUCUGUGUGCGCGUCUGUAUAGCUGUCUGUCUGUGUGUGUGCAUAGAGGGAGGGUGCAUUGGUGCGUUUGCCGCAUGGCUGCCUCGUCGAUGGAUGGACGGAUGGAUGUGUUCAAACGCGGCGUGCCUGCAGUCCUGCGACGUGUCCUGCGUCUGUGUGUCUGUGUGGGCAAAAUGUCACCUUUGGGCGGGCAAAAUGUGUGUUUAUUAGUCCUGCUCGCUUUCUGCUACUCAGUAGCCCAGCCGACCCUCUCUCUGUCUCUCUGUCUCUGGAAGCAGAGGGCACACGGCCGGCAGACAGACGGACAGACGGGCGGCAUGUCGGCGUGAUGGGUAGUGUGUUGAACGGAUGGGUAUCUACCUGUCUAAGUGGGAUUGUGCACAUGUCAGUCAUCUCAUGUCAAUGUCGGCAAACCAACGGCACGCAUCCCAUCAAUCGAUGCACGAGGCUUCAUCCAUCCAAUCAUCCAAUCGACCGUCAGUCAGUCAGUCAGUCAUACGUUCCUUCCCCGCUCGCACACGAGCGCACGCACCCAUCCAUUCAUCCAUCAAUUCAUCCAUGCACUCUGUGUGCAGUCGGCCAUACACACACCGUAAGCCUCUCAGAGAGAUGCGCUAGGAUAGACCACCCAGCCAACCCUCUCAUCAUAUGACCGAUGCGAUGCAGCAAUCCACCACCACCACCGUCCCGACAACAGUGUCUGUCAUCCUUCUAUCUAUUUCUACACCCAUACUCCCACAGAGGGCGGCCUCUCUGCCC